UCCAUAUCAGCGAGGACUGAAAUGUACUUUGAAACCGUUCAGGGAUCAGUCCACCUUUGCCCUCGUGUUCAGGUACGCGGCUUGGGAGAACGGCUUCUUCGGUUUGUCUCGGAAAAGCAAACGUGUUCCACAGAAUUCUGCAUUUCUAACCAGACAACAGAAUUAAACCUUUAAUCUGAAGAUCACCUUCUCAAAAUGUGGCCUGGAAUCUCUUUGUGAGGAUUUGCUGUUGUGGUGAAGAAAGCAGGACUUCUUUAUUUUAUUCUACAUGAGCGAACACAAUGAGAGCCUUUGUUAGAGCUGGAAUAGUUGGAGUUGUUUUCGUCUUGCUGUACUCCAUCACCUCCAUGAGUGGAAGUUGGAGAGCUGCAAAUCCUCCAGAGACGUCUGCAGAUCAGGAAGCAGUGAACGCAAAGUUGGACAGAAUUGAACAAACACUAAACAAAAUGGCUAAGCUGAUAGAAGAAUCUAGCCAGAAGAGUUUUGCACAUCCAGCUUUUCCAAAAGUGGUUGAAGAAAAGCCGAAGAUUGUGGUUCCAAAGCUGUAUCCAAACUCAGUCCUGUUCGCGAAAUGGGGCGACGGUCUGUCACAAAAGGAGCAGAAGGAGGCCGAAGCUCUUUUCCAGCUGUACGGAUACAACUCCUUCCUCAGCAAUCAACUUCCACUUGACAGGAAGCUUCCAGACAUGCGAGAUCACAGAUGUCUGAAGAAUUAUCCCAGAGACCUUCCCAGCAUCAGCGUGGUUCUGAUCUACCUAAACGAGGCUCUUUCUGUAAUUAAAAGGGCAAUAAGAAGCAUCAUCACCCACACGCCACAACAUUUGCUGAAGGAGAUCCUUCUGGUGGAUGACCACAGCACCUACAAUGACCUUGGGAAGCCUUUACAAGACUACAUCAGUGAGAUCCACAAAGAAAGACCCGGACUCGUUAAGAAAGUGUGGCAUAAGAGGCAAAUGGGUUUGUCCCAGUCCCGGAUCUCCGGGUGGGAGCACGCCACCGGCGAUGUUGUGGCCAUCUUGGACGCCCACAUUGAAGCCACACAGGGUUGGGCUGAACCCCUGCUGGCCAGAAUCAAAGUGGACAGGACCGUUGUGGUGUCCCCCGUCUUUGAUAAGAUCCAUUUUGAUGAUCUGCAUGUGGAAAAAUACAUCCCCUUUUCCCACGGCUUUGACUGGGAAUUGUGGUGCACGUACGAACCCUUCAGCCCCGACUGGUUGAAGGCGAAGGAUGAAUCGCAGCCUGGAAAGUGUGUCCGUUUACCAAACCAGAUGAAUUUGACCUUAGACCCCACGAGGGUCUCAGGGAUCACCCAAGCAGUUCUGUCUGUUUUGCUCAGGAGUCCGUCUGUCAUGGGGAUCUUUGCAGCAGACAGACGUUUCCUUGGAGAAAUCGGCGGACUCGACGGCGGAAUGACCAUUUACGGCGGGGAAAACGUUGAGCUGGGCAUCCGUGUGUGGCUGUGUGGAGGAAGUGUAGAGGUAGUGCCUUGCUCCAGGAUCGCUCACAUCGAGAGGUCACACAAGCCUUACGCGCCUGACCUCACCCUGUCCAUGAGGAGAAAUGCCUUGAGGGUCGCAGAAGUUUGGUUGGAUGAAUACAAGAGAAAUGUACAGAUCGCCUGGAAUCUUCCUCCUGAGGAUCAUGGCGUUGACACAGGUGACGUGUCCGAGAGGAAAGACCUCAGAGAAAAGCUGAGAUGUAAACCCUUCAGAUGGUACCUGGAUAAUGUGUACUCCAGUCUGGAAAAAUGGGAUAACAUCCGGGGCUAUGGAGUGCUGAAGAACAGCCUUUUGACAAACUACUGUGUGGAUGAAGGCGUUUCUCCGGGGAACAUUCCUUUGCUCUACGAGUGCCACUUCCAGAAAACGCAGUUCUGUGUUUACAACACUGAAAACGAAAUCAUUGUAGGAGGGAUUCGAUCCCACAAAUACAACAAAAACCGCUGCCUGGUGGAUCCAGGUUCUGGAAACCUUCCCGCUCUGCACAGCUGUGAGCUGGCAAAGCAGAACAAGCUAGCCGUGCACUGGACCUUCAGCCAGGGGCAUGCAAUCAGAAACAAAGCGACAAACCGAUGUCUGGAGAUAAGCCAGGGAGAAAACUAUCACUACAUGCUUAUUAUUCAGGAAUGCACACGACAGAGCUGGAGGAUUCAGCAUCACAUCAAGGAGUCCAGUUAAAAUCCAAAUACAUUUUUUUUUUGGUAUAAAGCUUCAAAUGUUUGAUUUUUUUUACCAGUUUGGAAAAACUACCACUCUUGUUCUUGUUUUUUUUUUUUUUUAAAUAAACUCCUGAUUUGUUUACUGAUGUGUUAUCUUACUUCUACUGGGUGUCAAAAUAUGAACGUUUUCUCAUAAUUUGCAUCACUUAUUUAAAUAGAAUUAGGUAACUCCAGCUGUUAUGUCAAAGGUUUAUAGAAAAGUUGCUUAUACUUUUGCAAUAUUGACAUAAAUAAUCAUCUCUUGAUCAAUUGUCAAAGCGUGCCCUGUGGUAUUUUAAUUAUGAUUAUGGCGUUUUUAGACAAAAUGAAAAGAAAGAAAAAACUGUGUUGUUUUCCAGGACAUAGUUUUUGCAGAGCGGCAGCUGGAAUUGUGGGCGGGACUGUUUCCCAUCGUCCCUUUGUUUUCCCUUUGUCCUUCUAAUUUACAGACCCUCACAACCCCAACCUUACUUUAGCGGUGC